AUGCGGAUCCCGAUGAUCUCUUUCUCUUUUCUUUUGGGAAUCAAGAAAGCUUGCUCUGCUAGAAGAGUGGUGACAAUGGGCCGCUACCCAGAUCUGCAGCCCGCGCUGCCUGCUAGCUUUGUUAAGCCAACUCGAACUUCGCAGAUACUCCAACCUGGAAUUGUGCUUGCGACGGUCGUAAUCUUGGGUUGCAUGAGUCUGGUAGCAAUCAUUGUCGCAAUUUCGGUCUUCGUGUCAGCGAAUCCACAAACGGUUGGCGUGAAUACAACUCAGGCAUUCGCGUUAUCAGCAGCCCUUCUUUCGAGUCUUUACCUCAUCUUCCAUGCAACCGCCGUGAAAUAUAACGAGCCUGUAGGAGUUGUGCGGCCCCCAGAGCUGAAGCUUCAUGCCGCUUGCUUCAUUUUGGCUCGCAUACUGCUAGUAUUCUGGUUUUCCACAUUCGUAGCAGCCUCGGUGGUCCUUUCGAAGCCAAACGUGUGCAAGACAGGAACCCGCGACUGUCAAUUGCAGAUUGCAGAUGUUAUGCCGGACUUCUUCCACAUCACGAAGAAAAUAACUUGCCGCGUGAGCUCCUUCGGUGAGGAUUUCUUGGACAGAAGUGUAUCGCGAGCGUCAUCGUUCGACAAUGAUAAUCAAUUUGAGACCGACAAGACCGACAAGACCGAAGUUGAUGACAGACCUGGCACCAACAGAAAACCCCUCCCCGAAAGGCGAUCGGACGAUAGCCAAGCUUCUACCGAACGCCCAUUGACACCUUUGCUACAAAUACCAAAACGGUCUACAUCGCGGGGUUGGGGUGAGGAAUGGACACAUCUAACGGGCGAGAGGAGCUCGGGCUCGGAAAAGAGCAUAGAGAAACACUCGGAGAAGAAAGUUCUGUCACAUUCGGAUUCGGGAAUUUCGCUUUCGUAUGAUUCUUCUUCGGGAUAUAUUAGCUCUUCAGAAAGUGAACAUGUCUCCGGUUCGCGGCGUUCAGGGUAUAGGAGUUCGAGCAAUCGAGGCUCACAUGUUGCUGCUCCUCGCAUAUUGGCGACAAAGCGUGCUCCGCGUCCGAGGAUUGUGACACCAAGCAGCAGUAUAUCCAACUACUCAAGAAGGUCGCCACUUUCGACAAUGCGAUACGCAGAGUAUCCAGACGUCGUUGUUCGGCCUGAUUUGAGAUACUGUCCACCCUUUAUUCCGCCACCACAUGAAUGGAAUCUUUCAAGGACGGCCUCGAUGUCUCAAUUGAUUCCGGUGGCAGAUGUUCACGAUCCGCAAAGAAGGUCGUCCGUGAGCUUUCCUGACCAACUGAGAAUCCGAGAGCCCGGCAAAUAUCGUCCUCCACUUCCCAGGGCGUUCACUGCACCACUCACGAGACGAAAGACUUCUGAUAUCAGAGUUCCAGGAGCCUUUGUUGAGCACCGGUCAAGCUUCGACCAAGAAGCGAACCUGGAUGAGCAUUUGAGGAAAAUUGAGGUCGCAUACGUGACUCGGAGACAAAGUAACCAGAACAUCCAAAGCGAUCGUCCACUGUGGCAUAGACCCUCGAUACAAAGCCCUCGAGCUUUGCAGCGCAGAAUGUCUAUGCAGAGCCCCGGCGUUCCGCAGCGCAUGUCUUCGAUACAGAGUGAUCGUAGCCUACAUCACAAACCCUCUGUUCAGAGCAAUCGUGCUCUGCAGCACAAGACCUCCAUGCAUAGCGACCGCAGUUCUAGUUCGCAUCGAAGUCGGAGGAGCUCGAUACAAUUACCAGUCGUGGGCAAGACUGAAAAACGGUCUCCCUCAAUUCGAGUUGACUCCAAGUCAAGAUACCGACGACAGAAGUCUUUUGUUCAUCGUGCACCCACAACAAUUGGGAUCAAAAGAGUCCGCCCUGCCACAUCGCACGUCGUGGAAUCUGUAAGACAUGAUUCAAGGAAGGGGUUUGCCUUUAGAAGGUUGAGUUUGGGUGACCUUGUUACGCCCGGAUUUAGUAAUCUUGAAAAGAUGUUUGAGUAGUGAAGCUAAUAGAAGGACUAGGAAAUGGAUGAAUGGUAUCCGCUGUGUAAAUAGGAGGAGGGACUGGGACCAAAAACUUAAUAUAAAAAAAAUCCUAUCUAGACACCUUCUCUUGUGCUUGGUGAGGAGUCUGAUCGGUGUUCAAGGCCUAACAGGUGGCUUAAGGUCACCAAACAAGACGAUCCCCCACAAUCCAUUCAAAUUUGAUGCAUAAUGGGGUAGGACGACUCGGUCGCCGACAUGAGGCCAUCCAAACCUUAUGAGAUGGACCAAUUGAGUAUUCCCAUAGACGGCGGGGGGCGACUGUGCUGUGACGUGCGUCUAUGCAGCGCGACGUUUUUGGGAUGCUGGCAAAACUUGAACCUGGGCGCAGGAGGGAGCGUGGUUCCACACUAAACGAUGGGGACAACUCAUGUACUCCACUUCGGUCGGAAUUGAACAUA